AAUUUGUCGUCUGCAACAAACGAGGAGCUUUUGCCAUCGUUCGUUGUGCAUAUGUCUUUCGCGAUUUGAGCGGAGAGCUAAGCUCCGAAUGCGCCCGAGCUCUGCCGCGCAAAUUAAUGCAAAACUGACAAAGCAUAUCGAGCUAGCUGCUCGGCUUAUCUUGGUACAGUCACUGCGAGAUGGAGUUAAAAAGACAAUAAAUAUGAAUAACUUUGAAAAGAUUGAGAAGAUUGGUGAAGGCACUUAUGGAGUGGUUUACAAGGCAAAAGACUUGAAAUCUGGAAAAACCGUCGCAUUGAAGAAAAUACGACUGGAUACUGAAUCAGAAGGUGUCCCCAGUACUGCCAUCAGAGAAAUCGCACUCUUGAAAGAACUGGACUACAAGAACAUUGUCAAGUUACAUGAUGUUGUGCACAGUGAUAAGAAGCUGUAUCUUGUCUUUGAGUUCAUGAACCAGGAUCUAAAAAAAUACAUGGAUGUUGCCCCUCCAUCUGGUCUACCAACAGCUUUAGUCAAGAGUUAUCUUCAGCAACUUCUACAGGGUAUAGCAUUUUGCCAUGCACACCGUGUCCUUCACAGAGAUCUUAAACCUCAGAAUCUGCUCAUUGAUGCAGAAGGCCACAUCAAACUCGCUGAUUUUGGACUAGCAAGAGCAUUUGGGGUUCCUGUCAGGACAUAUACUCAUGAGGUUGUCACAUUAUGGUACAGAGCACCAGAGAUAUUACUAGGCUGCAGGUAUUACUCUACAGCUGUGGAUAUCUGGAGUAUAGGAUGUAUCUUUGUAGAGAUGAUAACAAGGAGAGCUCUAUUCCCGGGUGAUUCUGAAAUUGACCAGCUCUUCAGGAUAUUCCGGACAAUGGGCACUCCAGAUGAAAAACUCUGGCCUGGGGUCACUUCUCUACCAGACUACAAAACCAGUUUCCCAAGAUGGUCACCUCAGGAUUUCAGCAAGAUUGUCCCCAUGCUCAAUAAAGAUGGCAAGGAUUUACUCAAGUCUAUGCUUUGCUACGAACCAGACAAGAGGAUAUCAGCCAAGACAGCUCUCUCACAUCCAUAUUUCAAGGAUGUUAAACUAGUGCCUCCUCCUCAUCUUCCUACAUGAUCAGUUUGUACCAUGCAAAACCUUCCUAUAUAUAACAUGUAUGUGUUGAAGAGAGAUAUUACCUUAUUUAUUACACAUCUUUGUGUAUAUUAUGUAUAAAUUGUGAGAAAGGGUUUGUGUUUUGUUUCUGGUUAUUUUGUGGUGUACUUGACAAUAUUCUACUUGCUUGUAUUAACUUUUGAGCAGUCUGCUUGCUCUAUGAUUGCUAUAAUGAAAGAUCAUCAUACAAAAAUGUCAUGCCUGAAAAAUUAUAUAGGUUGAGUGACAAAGCAGUGUAUCUCAAAUCUAAUGACCUGUUUUCUGAAGGAUUAAGACGUUGAUAUGUUAGUACACUCUGUUAUGGUAUCCUUCAUUCUCAGAGCAAUAGUGACUUCAUCUCUGCAGUUUGCAUUUUGAGAAAUAUAAGGUAUGACAAGAAAAUAUUAUCUCAAGUUA